GAAACAGUGUUAAUUAAUAGUGAGGUGGGGGCAGUGGGCUUCUGGAGUCAGGAUAUGUGUGAUCCAUGUGGACGUAGUAGGGAGUCAGAAGUCCAUCCUGAGGUCUAACCCCAUCUUUCCUCCUCCAUUCCCUCCCUCAUCCUGCAGCAUGGCCCUACCAUCUCUACCCCUGCUGGCAACCCUGGCUCUGGCCUGGGUCCCUGCAGCCUUAGCUGAUGCUCUGGAAGGAGACAGCUCAGAGGACCGGGCUUUCCGCGUGCGCAUAGCGGGUGACGCGCCGCUGCAGGGCGUGCUGGGCGGCGCCCUCACCAUCCCGUGCCACGUUCACUACCUGCGGCCGUCGCCAAGCCGCCGGGCCGCGCAGGGCUCCCCCCGGGUCAAGUGGACCUUCCUGUCCGGCGGCCGGGAGGCCGAGGUGCUAGUGGCGCGGGGGCUACGCGUCAAGGUGAGCGAGGCCUACCGGUUCCGCGUGGCACUGCCUGCCUACCCGGCGUCACUCACCGAUGUCUCCCUGGUGCUGAGCGAGCUGCGGCCCAACGACUCGGGCAUCUACCGCUGCGAGGUCCAGCACGGCAUCGACGACAGCAGCGACGCUGUGGAGGUCAAGGUCAAAGGGGUCGUCUUUCUCUACCGGGAGGGCUCUGCCCGCUAUGCUUUCUCCUUCGCUGGGGCCCAGGAGGCCUGUGCCCGCAUUGGAGCCCGAAUCGCCACUCCGGAGCAGCUCUAUGCCGCCUAUCUUGGGGGCUAUGAACAGUGUGAUGCUGGCUGGUUGUCCGACCAGACCGUGAGAUAUCCCAUCCAGACUCCACGAGAGGCCUGUUAUGGAGACAUGGAUGGCUUCCCUGGGGUCCGGAACUAUGGAGUGGUGGACCCGGAUGACCUCUAUGAUGUCUACUGUUAUGCUGAAGAACUAAAUGGAGAGCUGUUCCUGGGUGCCCCUCCAGACAAGCUGACAUUGGAGGAGGCACAGGCGUACUGCCAGGAGCGGGGUGCUAAGAUUGCAACCACGGGCCAGCUGUAUGCAGCCUGGGAUGGUGGCCUGGACCGCUGCAGCCCAGGCUGGCUGGCUGACGGCAGUGUGCGCUACCCCAUCAUCACACCCAGCCAGCGCUGUGGUGGGGGCCUCCCUGGUGUCAAGACUCUCUUCCUCUUCCCCAACCAGACCGGCUUCCCCAACAAGCACAGCCGCUUCAAUGUCUACUGCUUCCGAGACUCGGCCCAGCCCUCUGCCAUCCCUGAGGCCUCCAGCCCAGCCUCUGACCUGGCCUCUGAUACACUGGAAGCCAUUGUCACAGUGACAGAGACCCUGGAGGAACUGCAGCUGCCUCAGGAAGCUGUGGAGAGCGAGUCCCGGGGAGCCAUCUACUCCAUUCCCAUUAUGGAGGAUGGAGCAGGUGGAAGCUCCACUCCAGAAGACCCAGCAGAGGCCCCUAGGACCCUCCUAGAAUUUGAAACCCAAUCCAUUGUACCUCCCCUGGGGUCCUCAGAAGAGGAAGGCAAGGUGUUGGAGGAAGAAGAGAAAUACAAGGAUGAAGAAGAGAAAGAAGAGGAAGAAGAAGAGGAGGAGGUGGAGGACGAGGCCCUGUGGGCCUGGCCCAGUGAGCUCAGCAGCCUGGACCCAGAGGCCCCUCUCCCCACUGAGCUGGCUCCAGAGGAGUCACUCUCCCAGGCAUCCCCACCAGUGAGGGCAGUCCUGCAGCCUGAUGCAUCACCACCUCCGAAUGGAGAGCCAGAGGCUCCCAGGCCUCCAACGGUCCUUGGACCACCCACUGAGACCCUGUCCACUCCCAGGGAGGGGAACCUGGCAUCCCCAUCACCUUCCACUCCGGUUGGGGCAAGAGAGAUAGGGGAGGAGACUGGGGGUCUUAAGCUGUCUGGGGUCCCUCGAGGAGAGAGUGAGGAGACAGGGAGCUCCGAGGAUGCCCCUUCCCUGCUUGCAGCCACACGGGUCCCUGAGGGUACCAGGGAUCUGGAGACCCCUUCUGAAGAGAAUUCUGGAAGAACUGUCCCAGCAGGGACUUCAGUGCAUGCUCAGCCGGUGCUGCCCACUGACAGUGCCAGCCAUGGUGGAGUGGCCGUGGCCCCCUCAUCAGGUAACUUUGCCCAAGGCUCAACCUCCCUCUUUAUCCUCCUCCUCUUUCUCCCCCUGCAGCUCUGGAUCACCUGACCUAUAGUCCUGUAACCCACCAUUGCCCCAGACUCUCUUGUCCUUUGCCUUCAUUCUCCUACCCACCUCUACCUGUGGGCUUCCAAUCUUGGAUACCCCACCUUGUGACUUCCAUUCCAGGUCUCUGAGUCCUCACCCUGUAAUCCCCAACUCCAUGACUCCCACCCUGUGACCCUAUCCCUGUUUCUGAAAUCCACACUGUGACCCCCAGCCCUACCACCAAACACCUAGAACUUUUUCCUACCCUCGGCUCUCUACCUGUGACUCACAUCUCACAUCUCACAGAGGACCCUCAUGCCUUGUUCAGUGGGUGCCCUCAUUGCCUUUUGCGUUCUUCAAGGCCCAGGCCCAUCCUCCACUGCUUCCUCCCCCUCCUGUGUGCCACCUCCCUUCAGCUGCCUCCCACUGGUAUCAGGGAAUCCUGGGAUCCCGUGCCCACCCCUCAACCUUUGGGGUCCAGGAGAGCCCUAUCCCCACAGAGCCUUAAGCAGCUACUUCUGUGAAGUACUUUUUUCGACUGUUUCAUGGAAACAAGCCUUGGAAAUAAAUCUCUA